AUGGGUUGCGGUUCAUCAACCACAGCGGUUCCUGUGACGGAGGAGACCGCGAAUGGUGCAGCGAAGACCUCGAACGGUGCUGGAGUGAAGGGGCACCACCAUGAUGAUCAUGACGACUUACCCACCGUUGUCCUUCCUGAGACACCAGUUUUACCCAAACCACCGGUGGCCUUCGAGAUUCCAGUUGAAGAGUUCGAUGGCACGAAGCGUGCGUCCACUCCACCUGCUCACCUGCAGAGGCUGCUCCAACCUGUUCAGCCUGACAUCAGCCUGCCCGAUAUAGAGGAGAAGUUGGCUGAAGCUGAACAGAGAAGACAAAGUAUCCUGCAAGCGAGAGCUGCGUCUGCGCAGAAGAGAGCACAGAAAAUUAUGAAGAGUGUCCAAGAGAUGGACAGGCUUGACUCGGAACAUGAACAUUCAGAGCCCACAAAACAUGUGACGAACAGUCUAACAAUCCCACCAGAGCCUGGCGUGUGUGAAGAUAAAAAUAUUUGA